AUUAGUGCCAAAGACCGCCACCAACAAACUCUCUCUCUCUCUCUCUCUCUCUCUCUUUCUCUCUCUCUCUAGAAACUCUCACUUCCUCCCUCUCUCUCUCCAACUCGCAUUCACGCCUUUACGGUGAGUCAGGCGGCCUCAAUCUCGACUGCUCCCGGCGGCGGCGGCGGCGGGGGUUGUGGAAUCGGGGUGCCGAGAUGGGAGGGCUGAUUGUGUGAGAGAUGGGGAAGGUGGCGGCGGUGGCGGCCGUGGGGUGGGCGGUGGCCACGUGCGCGAUGGCGGCGGUGAUGGUGGGGCGGAGGGUCAGGAGCCGCCGGCGGUGGCGGAGGGUGGCGGCCGUGCUGGAGGACUUGGAGAAGGGCUGCGCCACCUCCGUGGGGCGGCUCCGGCAGGUGGUUGACGCUAUGGCGGUGGAGAUGCACGCCGGAUUGGCCUCCGAGGGCGGCAGUAAGCUCAAGAUGCUCCUUACUUUCAUCGAUAGUCUUCCCAAUGGGAGUGAAAGCGGCACCUAUUAUGCUCUAGAUCUUGGUGGCACAUAUUUUAGGGUCCUACGGGUUCAACCAAGUGGUGAUAAUUCAUCUAUUCUUGGAUGUGAAGUGGAGCGCCAACCAAUUCCUCAACAUCUAAUGACUGGCACAAGCGAGGAUCUUUUUGAUUUUAUUGCCACCUCGCUAAAAGAGUUUGUGGAAAAGGAAGGAGUUUCUGAGCUAUCAAAAAGAAGGGAACUUGGAUUUACAUUCUCAUUUCCUGUAAAACAAAUAUCCAUCUCAUCCGGCAUGCUGAUUAAAUGGACAAAAGGUUUUUCCAUUGAAGACAUGGUUGGAAGAGAUGUUUCUGCAUGUUUACAACAGGCAAUGUAUAGAAGAGGACUACAUAUGGAAGUAGCAGCCCUUAUAAAUGAUACCGUGGGAACGUUAGCACUUGGACAUUAUCAUGACGAAGACACAGUUGCUGCAGUGAUAAUUGGAACGGGUACAAAUGCAUGCUAUAUGGAGCGAGCUGAUGCUAUUAUCAAAUGUCAAGGCUUGCUUACUACUUCAGGAGGCAUGGUAGUUAACAUGGAAUGGGGAAAUUUCUGGUCAUCUCAUUUGCCAAGAACGUCAUAUGAUAUUGAUUUGGAUGCUGAAAGCCCAAACCCCAAUGAUCAAGGCUUUGAGAAAAUGAUAGCAGGAAUGUAUCUGGGUGACAUUGUAAGAAGAGUUAUUCUCAGGAUGUCACAGGAGUUGGAUAUUUUUGGAUCUGCAUCUUCUCAACUAUCAGUGCCUUUUGUUUUGAGAACACCGUUAAUGGCUGCUAUGCACGAGGAUGAUUCCUCAGACUUGGGGGAAGUGGCUAGAAUUCUGAGUGAGGAGCUGGAGGUCCCAGACGUCCCUCUGAAGGUUCGGAAGUUUAUUGUAAGAGUGUGCGAUGUGAUUACCCGGAGGGCUGCCCGAUUGGCAGCUGCUGGCAUUGUGGGAAUUCUGAAGAAGAUUGGUCGCGAUGGUAGUGGUGGUGUUACAAGUGGAAGAAGCAAAGGAGGAAGCCGUGGAAAGAUGAGAAGAACAGUGGUGGCAAUAGAAGGGGGUCUGUAUACAAGUUAUUCAAUGUUCAGACAAUACCUGAAUGAAGCCGUGACCGAAAUCUUAGGGGAAGAGACCUCCCGGCAUGUAGUUCUCAAGGUUAUGGAAGAUGGGUCAGGUAUCGGGGCUGCCCUCCUCGCAGCCGCUCGCAUGCAUGGAAGGGUGUAGAUAGGGUACAGUUGCCAUAGAUGAUACAUAACCCCGCAUAUACAGCAGCUCCCUCCUGUAAAUUGUAGAAAUCAUUCUCAAAAUUCUAUCAAGCCAUAUAAUAUAAGGAAAAGAAAGGUGAUGUAAAUGUUGGUCAUGUACUUAGCAUGACAGAUUUCAUAUCAUCAUCAUAUUUUAUAAACAAAGUUUAAUUCAUUUUUUUCAAAUGUUUAUAUAUAUGUGUGUGUAAUGCAA